AUGAAGGUAAACUUGCUGCAGUAUCUAGGCGCCGAGCCCGAGAUCGUGCCCCUCGUGUCUGGCCAGGUGGCUGCGGAGUACACUUCGCGGCUUGGGAAAGGAAUCCGAGAUGCCGUGAUGGAAGCCGCGAGUGCCACACUGCAUGCGGCGGAAGAUAUGGGGCUGGAUGCGAAGGAGCAGAAGAACUUGGCAGCGAAGUCUGCUGCCAUAGCAGCCAGCAGCGGCACGCAGGACCUGCACCUGCCCGUGGAGAAAUGCGCUCAGCAAGCUGCCUGGGCUGCCCAGCAGGCUGUAGCAAAGCUUGGUUUCGACGUGGACAGGCAAGCAGUGGCUGCUGUCUCCGCUGCCUCUUCCUUCAUGGUCUCCGCCCUGCGGCGGAAGGGCAAAGCAGUUGUGGAGCAGGCCGUUGAAGCCGCCACAUCAGCAAAGGAAGCUGCAGCGGGCGCCGCCCAGAACAGAACACGACAAGUCCGCAUCGCAAUCGAUGUGGCUACAGCUGUGGCAGCAGAUGGGAUGAGGCAACUAGGCCGCUCGUCGGAUCAACAAGCACAGGCGGCUGCAGAUGCCGUCCGUCAGGUGGCUGAGAUCGUUGGCAUGAGCCCGGCAGAGCAGCAGCUGGAAGCCGAAAAAGCUGCGGCGCAGGUGAAAAGACUUGUCGGCAACACCGGAAAGCGCGCCGAGGUGGCUGUCCACCCGUGGCAGGCGCUCGGCAGCUCGCCCCCUCGAGAGCCGUCAUUGCUGCCGAACCAAGCGCAGAUAUUAGGGGCGGGGCCCGCGAUGCAGAAGUCGUUCAUGCCAGAAUGUGCGCAAGCCGGCAUUGCCUACGAUGACAUCGACCACCCGACGCUGAAUGGAGGAGUUGUGGACAACGCGGAGCACUGCCAAGUCUCCUGCAGCCUGAACUGGUUCUGUGAAAGCUUCACCUUUUUCCCGAAUACGAAGCAGUGCUGGUUGCUGGGAAUCAAGGGCACUCCGAGACCUGAUUUGGAUGCCAUCAGCGGCCCUCAGGUUUGUGGCACACGCAUGGAGGCGGCUGCGAAAGCCAUCACGAAGAGCGCUCUCGAUGCAGCAGAGAAGUCCUUCGCAUCAGGAGGCGCUGAUCCCAAAAUCGCCUUGAAUCGUGCAGCGACCGCGGCCAGGGACAGAGCGAGUUCCUCAGAGCUCCCUGAAGAUCGACGAUGGGAGGAGGUCGCUCAUGCUGUCGGUGCCGCUGCAGCUUGGAUCGAAGAGCACAAUGGGGCGAGCGUCGACAAGCAGGUUUCGGCAGCAGCCAAAGCGGCCAAGUCUGUGGCAGAAAGCCAUGGGAUGCAGCUGCAGCUGGCUGUAGAGGCAGCUUCGGCAGCCGCUGCUCGUGCUGCAGGCGAUGAUGAGAAGGCGCGGACGGAUGCAGUCAUCAAGGCCGCCAAAGACACUGCAGCGGCAAUGGGAGUGAGUGCAGAGGAGCAGACGGACCUGGCUGUGGAGGCUGCAGCCCGGAUCGCCGGGCUCGCAGCCAAGGAGGCAGGCAAAAUACGGAAGGCCUGUGCUGCCAAGUCUCAGCCAUCUCCUGCAUGCUGA